GGCCGGGCUGAGCCGAGCCGCGGCGAUGCGCGCUGCCGCCCCGCCGGCCCCGGCUGCCCGCGGCGGGGGCUGAGCCGUGCCGAGCCGAGCCGAACCGGGCUGGAAGGCUGAGCGCCGCGGGGCCUCGGGGACGCCGCCAUGGCGAAGCGGGAGGCCAACGCCAGCCCGGUGGUGCGGCAGAUUGACAAACAGUUCCUGGUGUGCAGCAUCUGCCUCGACCGCUACCGCAACCCCAAGGUGCUGCCGUGCCUGCACACCUUCUGUGAGAGGUGUCUCCAGAACUAUAUCCCGCCCCAGAGCCUGACCCUGUCCUGCCCCGUGUGCCGCCAGACCUCCAUCCUGCCCGAGCGCGGCGUGGCGGCCCUGCAGAACAACUUCUUCAUCACCAACCUGAUGGAAGUGCUGCAGCGCGACCCCGACAGCCGCGGCCCCCACCCCGGCCCGGGGCUGGACCCCGUCAGCGCCGUCACCGGGCAGCCCCUGUCGUGCCCCAACCACGAGGGCAAGGUGAUGGAGUUCUACUGCGAGUCCUGCGAGACCGCCAUGUGCCGCGAGUGCACCGAGGGGGAGCACCGGGAGCACGUCACCGUGCCGCUGCGCGACGUGGUGGAGCAGCACAAGGCGGCCCUGCAGCAGCAGCUGGAUGCCAUCCGCGGCAGGCUCCCGCAGCUGGCGGCCGCCAUCGCGCUGGUGUCGGAGAUCAGCCAGCAGCUGGUGGAGCGCAAGAACGAGGCGGUGUCCGAGAUCGGCAGCACCUUCGAGGAGCUCGAGAGGGCCCUGCAGCAGCGCAAGGGGCUGCUGGUGCGCGACCUGGAGGCCAUCUGCGGGGCCAAGCAGAAGGUGCUUCAGGCACAGCUGGAGGUGCUGCGCCAGGGCCAGGAGAACAUCCUGAGCAGCUGCGCGUUCACGGAGCAGGCGCUGCACCACGGCACGGCGCCCGAGGUGCUGCUGGUGCGCAAGCAGAUGAGCGAGAGGCUGAGCGCUCUGGCCAGCCAGGAGUUCCCCGAGCACCCGCAUGAGAACGACCAGCUGGACUACGUGGUGGAGACCGACGGCGUGCGCAAAUCCAUCCUCAACCUGGGCGUGUUGAUCACCACCAGCGCCACGGCGCACAAGACGGUGGCCACGGGCGAGGGGCUGCGGCACGCGGUGGUGGGGCAGCCCGCUUCGCUCAGCGUCACCACCAAGGACAAGGACGGCGAGUUGGUGCGCAGCGGCAGCGCCUGCCUGCGCUUCGUGGUGACGGGGCCGGACGGCGGCGCGGCUGAGAGCGAGGUGCAGGACAACAAGAACGGGACCUACGAGCUGCUAUACACGCCGCGCGCCGAGGGCGACUUCCAGCUGUCCAUCGCGCUGUACGGGCAGCCCAUCCGCGGCAGCCCCUUCCGUGUGCGCGCCGUCAAAGCCAGCGACGUGCCGCCGUCCCCGGACGACGUGAAGCGCCGCGUCAAGUCGCCCAGCAGCGGGCACAUCCGGCAGAAGGCGGUGCGCCGGCCCUCCAGCAUGUACAGCAGCGGCAAGAAGAAGGAGAACCCCAUCGAGGACGAGCUCAUCUUCCGCGUGGGGAGCCGCGGGCGGGAGAAGGGCGAGUUCACCAACCUGCAGGGCAUCUCCACCUCCAGCACGGGCCGCAUCGUGGUGGCCGACAGCAAUAACCAAUGCGUGCAGGUGUUCUCCAACGAGGGGCAGUUCCGGCUGCGCUUCGGUGUGCGCGGCCGCUCCCCGGGGCAGCUGCAGCGCCCGACCGGCGUCACCGUGGACAUGAACGGGGACAUCAUCAUCGCUGACUACGACAACCGCUGGGUCAGCAUCUUCUCCCCCGAGGGCAAAUUCAAGACGAAGAUCGGCGCCGGGCGGCUGCUGGGCCCCAAAGGCGUCGCGGUGGAUCGCAACGGGCACAUCAUCGUGGUGGACAACAAGGCGUGCUGCGUCUUCAUCUUCCAGUCCAACGGCAAGCUGGUCACCAAGUUCGGGAGCCGCGGCACGGCCGAGCGGCAGUUUGCAGGUACACUCGAUGGGCCACACUUCGUGGCGGUCAACAACAAGAACGAGAUCGUGGUGACGGAUUUCCACAACCACUCGGUGAAGGUGUACAACGCAGAUGGAGAGUUCCUCUUCAAGUUCGGGUCGCACGGGGAGGGCAAUGGGCAAUUCAACGCGCCCACCGGCGUGGCUGUGGAUGCCAACGGGAACAUCAUCGUGGCUGACUGGGGCAACAGCCGCAUCCAGGUGUUUGACAGCGCCGGCUCGUUCCUGUCCUACAUCAACACGGCGGCGGAUCCGCUGUACGGCCCGCAGGGCUUGGCGCUCACCUCGGACGGCCACGUGGUGGUGGCGGACUCGGGCAACCACUGCUUCAAGGCGUACCGCUACCUGCAGUGACCCCGCACGGCGCUCUGCGGUUCCGCUCCAUCCCCCCCCCCCCCCGCCCCGCGCUGCACUUUAACCCCGCGCGGCGCGGAGCGGAGCCGUUACCU